AUGACCGCGGACCUACUAGCUCGUGGUCCUAGUGCAGAUGGUAAUCCGUUUAUCAACUAUGUUCUACCUUUGGCAGCUUCCGAUAGCCUCGUGAUGGACUGCGUUCUCGCUAUUGGAGGAGCACACAUGGCUGUUUUAGAGCCUGAUCGGCCGCAGUUGGAAGUCAUGACCCGAAGGCAUUAUGCCCGGCUGCUGGAAGGAUUACGAAAAGCGCUCUGUGACGAUACGGUGUGUCCAUUUGGUGAAAGGGACGAGGAUAAGAAGCUCUAUACUCUUUUAAUUCUUAUCAUGCUAUGCAUUUUCGAAGGAGUUCAAGGCGAUAAUUCAGGGGCUGUCUAUCAUCAUAUUCGAGCUAGCCGUCACUAUGUGAUGGACUUGGCAGCUGACACCUACAAACCAUCAGCGUCAAAGAAGACCGAGCAUAUUCGUGGCUUUCUCCUGGAAAUAUACGCAAUGUUCGCUCUAAAGCUGUCGGUCACGCCGCGGGGCUUGCAAGAGGAGAUUCCCGUCACACUGGACCCUUUUCUGGGCUCUCUGGAAUUUCUGAGCCGGUACAAGUCGCGAGGAUUCAUGAUUGGUUUCGGACACGGUCUCUUCGCCAUGAUGCCAGAGAUUUCGAAUCUUCUUGAAAAGCGCAGGAAGGAAGAAUUGAGCGGCUCUACAUCCGACGGUUUGCUCAAAAGUUACAAGUCACUCUUGGAGAAGCUAGACUCGUUGGACCCCUCGGCCGAUGUUCUGGAAGGCCAAGAUGCAUGCCCUCGCUACCAGCAAUCAACAGCCGUCACCAUCUACCGCACCGCUCUGAUUCUCAUUCUUCAUUCUGCCUUCCACGAAGAUCUGUAUAAGAACGCGGAUCUCCUUGCUAAAAUCGACUUGCGGAUAGACAAGAUACUUCCUCUCUGUUGGGCCGUUUAUGCUAGCAAGUCACCACUGCGGAGGAUGAUGCUGUGGCCGGGCUCGAUUUUGGCAUCUUGUUGUAAGAAAGCAGAGCAUAUCCAUGCUUUCCGACUGGGACUGAACUCGAAUCCGCGAUCGCCGGGUGGUGUCCGGGAAGCGGCUAAGGCCGUUGAAUUGUUGUGGCAGGAUGAUGAUCCGAACGCGUUUGGACCUCGAGGGUUGAACAUGGUGAUGAAGAAGCAUGGUCUUAGUUUCAGCAUGUGCUGA